AUGGCGACCGCUAUCACAAGAGGCUUGUCCUUCAGUAAAAAUGUUAGGACGUUAGUUUCUCCCUUGAAACUUUCUGUUGUACCUGUACACCGUUACAGCGUUGAAGUUUCUGCCACCGGCGAGGCUAUUACACAUACUGGACAGGUGUUCGAUGCAAACGACCCAAGGAGAGCCAGAUUCGUAGGCAGACAGAAGGAGGUGAAUAAAAACUGGGCUAUCAAGCUGGUGGCUGAGGAAAAUGUGACUGACAUCGAGGCACGUGUUGUGUCCUGUGAUGGUGGCGGAGGAGCACUUGGUCACCCCAAAGUCUACAUUAACCUGGAUAAAGAUACUAAAGUUGGCACUUGUGGCUACUGUGGAUUACAGUUCAAGCAGAAACACCAUCACUGA